AUGGCUCCAGUUCAACAGACUCAUCCUGGCAGCGAACUCGAUGCCCUGUUCCCCUCCCCAUCUUUCCCGCCCAACGUACUUUCCCCUCCGCGGUAUCCCGGUGCCUCACCAGAAGCAGUUGCAGCUUUGACACAUGUCUUGAAGGAGAACCAUACAAAGUACCACAUUUUCUCAACUAUAAGCGGUUCCAUAAGUGCCCAUGUCACUCAUCGCGCGCUGGCACUUUAUGUCAUGGGCGCGAGUGGAUCUCUGAUCGAACAGUUCUACGAGCAAGACAACGCCUACCAGCGCCCAGCAGUCGAGCCUCCCGAGGCUGUCACAGAAGCGAACUUCAUCGAACAUCUAGGUGACGAGAACUUUUACGCCGCGUACAAAGCCUUCUUCAGCAAGAUUAUUGAGGAAAGGGGCUUCAGCGCCACGCUUGAGGAAUACAUAUUCUCUAAAAAGUACAACUUUAUAGACGGACGAGGCAUGUCCGCCCAGCCCGUGAUGUUGGCGCGCUUUCUUGGAGCUUUGUUCCACGCCUUCAUCCAUGUAGGAUACGGCGCGGAAUUGGGCAUCCCAGGCAUGGUUGUCGAAGGUCUUGCAUUGGCCAGCGUGCAAGGGUAUGAAUUCUUGCCGUCAUAUCUUUUCGAGUCCAGCGGCACGACUGCAGUGGAGGAGGCAACAUCUCGCCUUGCCUCGCUUUUCCUUAAUACAAAGACAUCUACUGCGCCCUCUCAGCUCGAAAACUCGCCAAAUAAUCAUGCAUUCUCCAUUCUUGCCAAGAUCAUGCAAGAUUCAAAAUUCGCACCAAAGGAAAUCAAGAAGUAUUUUAAAGAUUUUGACGGCCUGAUGUCCGAGCAUGGUGAUACUAUAUGGCACUACGCUGAACAAUGGACGAUCGACCCGUCGCAGCCAGGCGAAAUCGAACGUAAGAUAGAAGAAUGUAUUUGGACGAGCACUAUCCUUUACAGCAUUGGUGGAUGGAACAAAGACAGAAGCUUAACAGCAGACUUCUUCUUUAUGCAUUUCGUCACGUCGAGUCUCUUCCUUCCAUCCCUGUUACCUUACCUGCCGCAAAACUCGCAAGUUCUUCUGCUUCGUGGAUACUUUGCAUCGACUCUUGGGUGGUGGAUCGCACUCGGCUUCCCUAGACUGGACAUUCGAGGCUUCCUCAGCACCAACUCACAUAUUUCGUCAGAGGUCAAGGUCGCUAACCCAUUCCUCGACAUCAUCCAAUCUGUGAUAACGCACCCAAAUGAACAUAUGCCGAAGAUUCAGCGCGCCUUCGCGCAUUUCUCUUCACUUUAUGGCACACGGCCCAAGGGCUACUUUAAGGAUACUGAACUGGAGGGCGCAGAAGCGCUGGAUGGAUCACUCUUCCUUUGGGCCGCGAGAUUGACUGAGGAGUAUAUGAGCGAGGGUACGGGGCACUGGAGCCUAGAAGGGUUUCCUGCAAGUGAUUAAGAGUGAGCGAUGGGUUUGAAAUUUGUAUGGAUGUAUUACGAGCACCGCUUACUAGCCAAUGACUGCAUUUUGGUUUGCUUUUGAUAUCUAUUAAACGUAUUGAUCAUCUG